AUGCCGAAUGGUAAGGAAGCUAACCAGGCGGGAAGUUCAAACUGGUUUCAGGGAAAUUUUAAACUAGGGAGGUCUAUAAGUGUAGGAGAAUUAAAGGAGUGGAAUUUGGAAAAGGAUAAAGAAGACAGGGAGCUGAUUAAGAAAAGCAAGCUACAAUUAAAGACAAUCAAUAAGGGAAAAGAGCUCAAUGCGGAGGAGAUGGAGACCUUAAUGAAAAAGUUAGAGGAUUUAGAUGAAAGAAUCAAGCAGGAAUGCAAAAAAGUUAGUGAUGAGGUAGGAGUAUUAAGAAUGGAGGGUAAAAAAGAAAGAGAGGAGAUGAAAAAGAUAUGGGAGGCGGAAAAGAAAAUAAAGAAGGAGAAGAUAAAGGGUAUCAAAGAUAGACUCGAUAAACUUGAGCAGGAACGCGUGAUGGUAGAAAAGGUAGAGGACGGUGGCGGAGAGCGCCCUGGCAAAGUGAUGGAUGCAGAGAGAAGGUUAAGAAAGCUGGAAUGGGGGGGCAGAGAGAAAGGAAAGAGAGUCAAGGAGAAGGAAUGUAAUAGUUAA